ACGGUCAAUUUCCAAAUUAGGAACUAAAAUAACCGUUGGUUAAAUAGUUUCCUUUAACGAUUGUCAAAGAAUCAUUACCGUCUUCUUAUUUGUCUUUUCCUUUGUAAUGAAACUAUAUAUUAUAAUUUCAAUAUAGAACAAAAGAAUAACAUAAAUUAAGUUUUUUUUGUCCUUUUCUGCCUUUACCUUUCCUUCUACUCCCGAAAAAGCACUGACUUUGCUCUGUUUCCUUCGUUCACACAGAGAAAGAGAGAAAUCUUCUGAGCGAAAUUCUGACAAAAGAGAUGAUGGAAUGGGAUAAUCAGCUACAACCCAAUAACCAUCACUCUUCUAAUCUUCAAGGGAUCGACGUUAAUGGCGGCUCCGGCGCCGGAGGAGGAAUGUACGUGAAGGUGAUGACCGAUGAGCAGUAUGAAACUCUCAGGAAACAGAUUGCUAUUUACGGCACCAUUUGUGAGCGUCUUGUUGAGAUGCAUAAAACUCUCACUGCUCAACAAGAUCUUGCAGGAGGGAGAAUGGGAGGACUAUAUGCAGACCCAAUGAUGUCAUCUUUAGGUCAUAAGAUGACAGCUAGACAGAGGUGGACUCCUACGCCAGUCCAGCUUCAGAUUCUGGAACGUAUAUUCGAUCAAGGCACGGGAACACCGAGCAAGCAGAAGAUCAAAGACAUAACAGAAGAGCUGAGCCAACACGGCCAGAUUGCUGAACAAAAUGUCUAUAACUGGUUCCAGAACCGACGUGCUCGAUCCAAGAGGAAGCAGCAUGGUGGAGGUUCUUCUGGAAAUAAUAAUGGUGAGUCUGAGGUAGAGACUGAAGUUGAAGCAUUGAAUGAGAAGAGAGUAGUGAGGCCAGAGAGUCUUCUUGGUCUUCCAGAUGGAAAUAGCAACAAUAAUGGGUUAGGGACAACAACAGCAACAACUACUGCUCCUAGGCCUGAAGAUCUUUGCUUUCAGAGCCCUGAGAUUAGCUCAGACCUUCACUUGCUAGAUGUUCUAUCAAACCCAAGGGAUGAGCAUCUUGUUGGAAAGAUGGGACUGGCGGAAAGUUACAACCUUUAUGAUCAUGUUGAAGAUUAUGGCAUGUCAGGCUGAUUGAAUACAAGCUGAGGAAACUUCUAAUUAUCAGAGAGAUCAAUGAAAUGGAUUUGGUAGUCAGUCAUAAGCAGUAUUAGACUUUUGUUUUUCUUAAAUUGUUUCUUUCAGGGCUUAUUAAAGAAACAAGUAGUUUAUCUUAUUAAUCAUUUUCAGAGAAACAUUUACAUGGAUUGUUGAAUCGUCUUGUGAUGCUUGCUUUGAUAAUUUCUGCAUUCAGAACGAUUUUUACAUCCUUAAAUGAAUUAUACUGUAAGAAAUAAAAAAAUUCCAAGAGAAAAACAUUUCAAUUC